AUUCACUGGAGUCUAGAUUGUAAGUUCUGCGCAAGAUUGGCGAAGUUUACUCCAUUUCGCAUUUGCGUAGAGCGACUGCACUGUGUCUCUAGGUAGUCUCCAUGCAACUAGCAGCGUCUGACGACGUGGUCGUGAUUUCCCCUACAUCAAUUCGCUCUGGACUAUUUCCUCUCUAUACCACUCCUUUACACAAGACCUCCUCUUACAACACUUCUCCUCGCAACACUUCUCCUCGCAACACUUCUUCUCGCAACACUUGCCCAGCAUGCAACAUUGUUGAAGCAUCUCUAGUUCUCGUCAUCACCCUCGUCCUCGAUAUCGUCACCCUCAUAUUCCCCAUUCCAAUCAGCAACGCUCGCACCGAAAGAGCUGGAAGCCGGGCUGCGAUAUCGCGAAGCAACGCCGUAGUAUAUCCUGUCUCACCCGACGGUACUGCCGAGCCAUGGACGACGAGCCAUUCCCACCUACCGCAUCAACGUUGUUGCCAUCAAUGGAACGUACGCCGAACGGCCGAAGCCUGCCAAGGGUGUCUGCACCCCAGCGCUGGAAGGCGCCCGUCUUGCGGUUAGUGCCCUUCUGCGCCAGAGGCUUCUCCCCAAGGCCCAACGUACCCAACCCUUAGAGCCAAU